AGAAUUUUCAGGAAGGUUGCAGAACAGUUGCGUCAGAAUCUUGCGCACUUGUGUUUAGGAAGGUGAACUACAAACGCUCCACUUCGGGUUGAUACAAGAUAGUAGACAGUAAACAUGCUGGUCGCGAGACUGACGUGCCUGAGGAGUCUCCCUAUGGCCGGGCUCCAUCCCGUGCUGAGGCAGGGCUCCUCUGCCCUGAGAACUCCCAUCCUCAAGACCUGUACACCUGUGAUCAGGCCCCAGCAGGGUUUUUCAUCUAAGGCCAGAUUUGGUUUUCGUCGUGGGAAGAUGGCCAGAGACCAGAUCAAAGAAGCUGCUUUUGAGCCAGCGACAGACACAGCCAUUAGAAUCGACGGUAUGGGAAGAAUAUUUCUGGCUGGAGGUGCAGCAGUUGGCCUUGGAGCUUUGUGCUACUAUGGACUUGGCAUGUCCAGUGAAGUUGGUGCCAUUGAGAAAGCAGUGAUCUGGCCUCAGUAUGUGAAGGACAGGAUUCACUCCACCUACAUGUACUUUGCAGGCAGUAUUGGACUGACUGCUCUGUCAGCUGUAGCUGUGAGCAGGACCCCGGCACUUAUGGGUCUGAUGAUGAGGGGGUCCUGGCUCGCAAUUGGAGCAACUUUUGCAGCCAUGAUUGGUGCCGGCAUGUUGGUCCGAUCCAUUUCAUAUGAGCAUAGCCCAGUGCCCAAACAUCUCGCGUGGAUGCUGCAUGCAGGUGUCAUGGGUGCUGUCAUCGCACCUCUCACUCUCCUGGGAGGGCCUCUGAUGAUGAGGGCUGCCUGGUACACAGCAGGCAUUGUGGGAGGUCUGUCCACUGUAGCUAUGUGUGCCCCAAGUGAGAAGUUCCUUAAUAUGGGUGGCCCACUGGCUGUUGGCUUUGGAGUGGUCUUUGCUUCCUCUAUUGGAUCAAUGUUCCUGCCUCCCACCUCGGCCUUUGGAGCUGGACUAUACUCUGUCGCCAUCUACGGAGGCCUGGUCCUUUUCAGCAUGUUCCUUCUCUAUGAUACACAGAAAGUCAUCAAGAAGGCAGAAACAUACCCACUCUAUGCUGUACAGAAAUUUGAUCCCAUCAACGCGUGCAUGGGGAUUUACAUGGACACACUGAACAUCUUCAUGAGGCUAGUGAUGAUUCUGGCAAACGGUGGCGGCGGCAAAAGAAAGUGAAUGGCAGAACUUUGACUUUAGCUUCAGUUUUACUCUACACGUAACAGAACAAAGCCAUGUUUUAUUACCAGCAGCGUACACCAAAUGUCAUUUUAGAGGCAGUUCAUAUCAAACUAGUAAAUAAACAUGGCUGCUUUGCAAGUGUGUGAAGAUGAGGAUUGGGUUCUGUGGGUCAGGUUACCAGUCCAAGUUGAAAAGAAAUGUUGUACAUUGAUAACACACAGAAAAGUAUCUGGCUUAUGUGUGGGUUUACAGAUGGAUUUGAUCUGUCUGCAUGUAUUAACCUGUCCUUUGUAUUCCUCUAUAUGUUUUCUAUUUAUUUUCCAUGAAGAUUCAAGAAUCAGUCGUAUGCAACAGAAAUGUCACACUAUGUAGACUAUACUCACAGUUAAUGGAAGUGAUAUUGCAUUUCUGUACUUUUGGAUUGGCUUAGUCCAUGUAUUCAUCAGAAACUCGUUUAAUGGCAACUUCAUUCAAAACAACUCUUUAAAAUCAAAAGAUGAAUAAAUGUACUUUCUAAAUUA